AACGGCGGAACGGACACGACGGCGACGGCGAUCGAGUGGGGAAUCGCGCAAUUGAUCGCGAAUCCGGAAGUUCAGGGGAAGAUUGUAGAAGAAAUUAAAAGGACGGUGGGUGAGAGAAAAGUGGAAGAAGCUGACGUGGAGAAAAUGCCGUAUUUAAAGGCGGUGGUGAAAGAGGUGCUGCGGAAACAUCCUCCCACCUUCUUCGCUUUAUCGCACUCCGUGACGGAGCCGGCCAUACUCGCAGGUUACGAUAUCCCGAAAGACGCGAACGUGGAGAUCUUCUUACCGGCCAUCGGAGCGGAUCCGAAGCUGUGGAAGAAUCCAGAGAAUUUCGAACCGGAGAGAUUUUUCUCCGGCGAGGAAGAAGCCGACAUAACCGGCGUCACCGGAGUGAGAAUGAUGCCGUUCGGCGUAGGGCGGCGGAUUUGCCCAGGAAUGGGAAUGGCCACCGUCCACGUCCAUCUAAUGCUUGCCAGAAUGGUGCAGGAAUUUGAAUGGACGCCGUAUCCGCCGUCAAGCUCCGUUGACUUCUCCUGGAACAUGGAGUUCACCGUCGUCAUGAAGAAUCCUCUGAGAGCUAUCAUCAAAUCUAGGGUUUAGGGUCUAAUUUCUCUCUCUACAAAAAAAAUUAUAUAAUUUUUUAAAAAUAUUUUUAAAUUAAAUUUCCAUUUGUAUAACAAGCUAAUAUUUUCAUUAAAAAGAAAGUAAUAAGUGAUACUAGAGUAAGGUAAGGGUUUAAUGGGUUUCUUUAAUUUCUGUGUAAUCAUAUUUGUGUACUAUUUAAUUAU